UUGGACAAGGAGAGCGAGAGAGCGCGUUUUAGUGCCCCCUUCGACCUUUGUUCGCCCUUUCCCUCCCUCACACUCGUUUCUGAGCCCUUCCCUUCAUAUUUCCGCCCGGUGCUAAACCUCCGGCGACGUCUCCGGCACCGUUCAACUGCCUCUGUCAGGUGUUCUCAUCCCAAAUUUCCUAUAUUGGCAAGAGAAUAUAACACUGAAACCCAUCUUAUAGAGAUGCAAUCUUCUAUGCCUGGAGCAAGUUCUCAAGCUGUAGUUUCAGUCAGACCCCCUGUAGCUGGCCUCUUUGCUGGUCCUGAAGCAUCUCGAGAUCCUAAUGAUGUUUCAAAUAAUCAGCAACAAGAAACUGUUCAGUCAAAGUUUGCUACUCCACCUGCAUAUGCUAUCCCUCCUCCUUCUUUCUCUUAUGGAGUGGUUUCACAAACUAGUGCUACAUCUGGAAGCUCGAAGCAGGGUUCUACCGAUGGCGUGAAAUUUGCUCUGCCAGCUGCUACAGCACCCAUGCAGCCUCCAGUUCCAACACAGCCAUCAAGUGGACCAUCUUUUUCAUAUGGAAUUGGUGCACAUGCUAGUGCUGGUUCUUCAAGUUCUCAGCAGUCCCAUUCUUCCACGGUGGUCAAUCCUUCCAGUGCUAGUGCCCUUAGUUCAUUGGACAGUGGAAAGUUCAUAGCACCAGCCAAUGCAGCAUCGUUACAACCUCCAGCCCCUGGGCAAUCUAAUGUUGCUGGGCGUCCAGCUUCGUGGGAUUCAGGAACUGUUGCUCAAAAUGCACCAUUGUCAUUACGACCUCCUCUGUUGGCCGCAUCUGGUUAUUCUUUUCCUGUUAGCUUGCAAGUGCCUGCAGCCUCUGAAGGUUCUCAAAAUAGUCAGUCCAGUGCUAGCACCUCCGCAGCAGUUGCACAAGAAUCAUCAGGCAUAACAUCGGCUUGUAGUUCACCAAUGGUUAAUGUGCCUAUUCAUACAUCUUCAAUUCCUAAUAUUGUGCCAGCAGCAAAUCCAUAUAAUACUGUGAGGAUGCCAGCUAUACCAAUGUUUCCUAGUCCUCCUAUGAUGCCCGGCACCCCUGGAACCCCUGGGCCUCCUGGGAUACAUAUGCCUGCCCCAUCAUCAUCUUCUAAUGUUAAUGCACGGCCACCAGCACUAGAUUCAUCUGCAUCUGCAAGACCUACUUUGCCCUCUGUACCUCCAAGUUCAUCAAAUUCAGCCACAGUGAAUGCUGCUCAAAAUGUUCAACAGCAAAUGUAUUCCGCAUAUCCAGGACCUCCAAUAAUUCCUCCACCUCAGGCACUGUGGCUGCGUCCUCCUCAAGCUGGGGGCCCACAGCACCCCCCUUUCCUUCCAUACCCACCCGUGUAUCCUGGUCAAAUUCCUAUUCCUGUACGUCCUGUGUCAUUUCCUCCAGUUACUUUGCCUGAACAAUCUCAACCUCCUGGUGUUUCUCCUGUGGGACCUCCUGCAGAAACAUCCUUAACUGCGGGAGGGGCUGGGCAGCAAUCAAGCCCCCUGGGGACCCAAUCACCACCUCCAGGCAUAGAUAAGGAAACAAAGUCUUCUGAUUCAGUUAAGAAAGAUGAGGUAAUUAUUAGCAGUGAUGGUGAUGAUGCUUGGACAGCACACAAGACUGAAGCAGGGGUUGUUUAUUAUUAUAAUGCUAUCACUGGAGAAUCAACCUAUACUAAGCCUUCUGCAUUUAAAGGGGAGCCAGAGAAAGCCAUUGGCCAGCCAAUUCCAAUUUCAUGGGAGAAGCUGGGGAGUACAGAUUGGUCCCUGGUCACCACUAAUGAUGGCAAGAAAUAUUACUAUAAUACAAGGAGCAAGGUAAGUAGCUGGCAAAUACCCAUUGAGGUUGUGGAACUAAGAAAGAAGCAGGAAUCUGAAUCUUCUUCAAAAAUGAGUGCACCAUCUGCUCCAAAUUCUGGUGGAUUGGAAGAAAAGUCUCCUUCUUCUGUCGGUCUGAGUGCUCCUGCAGUUAAUAGUGGUGGUCGUGAUGCAAUGACACUUAGACCCUCUGCUGUGCCAGUGGGUUCAUCUGCACUGGAUCUGAUUAAGAGGAAGUUGCAGGAUGCUGGCACACCUGCUGGCUCAUCUCCUCUUCCAGCUUCAUCAGUCUCUUCUGCAACUGAGGUGAAUGACCCUAACAUGGUGGAGAAUACUGCAAAGGACCAGCAACUUGACAAUUUAAAAGAAAAAAUUAGAGAUGCUAAUGGGGAUGGCAAUAUGUCAGACUCGUCCUCCGAUUCAGAUGAUAAUGAUGGUGGACCAUCCAAGGAUAAAUAUAUCAUGGAGUUCAAGGAAAUGCUGAAAGAAAAAGGAAUUGCACCUUUUUCAAAAUGGGAUAAAGAACUUCCAAAAAUUAUUCUUGAUCCACGUUUUAAGGCUGUACCAGGUUAUGCAUUAAGGAGGUCUCUGUUUGAGCACUAUGUUCGUAAUCGAGCCGAAGAAGCACGAAAGGAGAAACGGGCAGCACAAAAGGCUGCGGUUGAGGGUUUCAAACAAUUGCUGGAAGAAGCUUCAGAGGAUAUUGAUCACAAAACUGAUUAUGCAACGAUUAAACAAAAAUGGGGAAAUGAUCCACGAUUUCUGGCCUUGGAUCGCAAGGAGCGAGAGCAGUUAUUGAAUGAGAAGGUUCAUCCUCUGAGGAAAGCUUAUGAAGAGAAUGUCCAGGCUGCCCGUGCAGCUGCAGUUUCCAGCUUCAAGUCUAUGCUUCGAGAUAAUCGAGAUAUCAACAGCAGUAGCCGUUGGUCCAGGAUGAAGGAUAGCUUACGGGGUGAUCCAAGAUACAAAUCAGUGAAGCAUGAAGAAAGGGAAAUUUUGUUCAAUGAAUACAUAUCUGAACUAAAAGCUGCAGAACAAGAAGCAGAAAGAGCUGCAAGGGCAAAAAAGGAGGAAGAGGAGAAGUUGAAAGAAAGAGAACGUGAAAUGCGCAAGAGAAAAGAAAGGGAAGAACAAGAAAUGGAAAGAGUGCGCUUGAAGGCGCGUAGAAAGGACGCAGUGGUUUCUUAUCAAGCCCUUCUCACAGAGAAGAUAAAGGAUCCUCAGGCAUCAUGGACUGAAUCAAAACCUAAAUUGGAUAAAGAUCCACUUGGUCGUACCAAAAACCCUGAUCUCGAGGAAACUGACAUGGAAAAACUAUUUCGGGAGCAUAUGAAGAUGCUGUAUGAGCGCUGUGCUCGUGAAUUUCGGGCCUUGUUAGCUGAAGUUAUCACAGGGGAGACUGCAUCCCAAGCAGCAGAGAAUGGGAAGACUGCGCUCAAUUCCUGGACUAUGGCAAAGGAACUGUUAAAACUUGACCCAAGAUAUUCAAAAUUGCCUAGGAAAGAGAGGGAGUCUCUCUGGCGUCGACAUGUUGAUGAGAUAAUUCGAAAGCAAAAAAAGUAUGAUACCAAGGAUGAGAAAGCGAAUCCUAUUGAGAAAGUUAAAACUCCCAUGGAUUCGAGGAGUUCACCAGUGCCGGGGAGAAACCAUGGCCGGAGAUGAUUGCUUCCCACCUUUGCUUCCGCCUUGUUUUUGCAAUAAUAUAAUAUCUGAUGCACAGGACGAGAAGAGAAAUGUUGUGGGAAGAAACUAUAAGGUUCUCUGGCAUUGAGGAGUUCACCUGCUUAAGAGAAUCAUGGCGAAAAAGGUAGUCUUUUCCUCUUUGUAACUUACGCUUCCCCCAGUGUGAUAGUAACAUAAAUUCAUUCUUCCCUUGCUUCUAUAGUUCUACUUGUAGCGCAAUUUUGUUUUCUUAUUUUUGAGUACAAGAUAUGAUCGUAGGAAAAUGUCUAGAUGGAAAUGUUUAUAUAAUCUAUAUCAUGAUAGCUUUCGAUUCAUUCUUUU